UUGCACUCGUUGAUGCAUGGAGGUUGUCCUUUCAGCAGUCCGAACAUUGCGGGAGAGACUCUUGUUAUUUUCAGGCCUAAGAAGCAUGUCCUUCAUGUCGCUGUACGUUCCUUCAUCAUGUUACCUUAUUCUCGGUCUUUAGUUACCUAAGUCAGUUGAAAAUAGGGUCAGUUGCCCGACUAAUUUAUUCUUCUGCCUGCUGGCAAUGGAGUGGGUACAGGUAGACGAGGGGCCCGAUUCUAUUUCAGAAAGUCCAGGUCAAUCCUCCUUAGUAGCAUCCGAAGAGUCCAAUCUCCGAGGGGAGAACAUAGGUGCCGAAUCCGCUGCUAUUAGUCGCCCCGAUUCUCCUAUCAGCGCAGUUUACGGCCUUAGAGAAACCCCACUUGAGGAGCCCUGCAGUGAAGAUGCAGUAUCUGGACCGGAGACACUAGAUACGGAAACAAGGACUUGCCCGGAAAAUCCGGAACAGGCAUCGCUUGGAAGCGAGGUCAUCCCAGCGGAGGAAGAGAGGAAGGGAGGAGGGAAGGAAGACGGGAAGAAGGAAGAGGCCAAUGACCAGGAGAAUCUGGAGGAUAAAGGAAACCAGGAUAAAUUUUACUUGGCGGAAUCAGGAGCAGAAAGUGAAAGUGACAUUGCUUGGCCGGAAAUGUCAGCUGAAUCUUUGGAUUCCUUUGGGAUGUUUUUCAGUCCCUCUAAAGCCCUGCCUGACGAGCUUCAGGAGGAGACAUCUGCACUCUCCACUGCUUCAGAGGGUAGAAGUUCGGAUGCGACAAUGGCAGUCGAGGGAAGAAGCACUGCUUCCGAGGAUAGAGAAACGGGUCUGAAAGCUGAGCCAGUCGAAGUCGUGCAUCAGGAGAAUCUUCAGGAGCAUCUGCAAGAGAAUGUGCAGGAGAAGCCAACAGAGGUCCAAGUGGUGGUACUGACGAACCAAGAAGCGGAGGGUCAAGAGACGCUGGUGGGUCCUCCUGAGGAGGUAAUAGCUCCUAAACAGCACCCUCAGUCUAGCACAGACAAGCAGCAGCAGCAGCAGCAGCAGCAGCAGGAGGCUCCGGAGAAACUCCAGAAACACUUGGAGGAGAAGUUGCCGGAGCAGGCACAGGAGAUCAAGGCAGAAGCUUCGGACGAGUCACUUCAGACGACUGCCGUGGUUCUUGAGCUUGGCAGCACGCACAAGCAGCAGCAGCAGCAGCAGCAGACUCUUUCAGAAGAACUCGUGAAACACUUGGAGGAGAAACCGCCGGAGCAGGCACGGCAGGCAGCGGAAGCAAGUCUGGAUGAGUCCCCGCAAACGACCACCGUUGUUCUGGAGCUUGGGAGCACGCAGCAGCAGCAGCAACAGACGACGCAGGAGGAGGAGCAGGAGCAGCAGCAGCAGCAGCAGGGUACCACCCCAGAGAAUGUGGCGCAGGGCGCGGCGGAGAAGCAAGUCCAGGCUACGGGUGAAGAGCGGCCGCUGUCAACGCUGGGAACGCCAUGUCAAACCCCGCCGGUAAUACCGGAGCAAACCACGGCGAAGCAGCACGGACAAGCGACACUUGUUACGGAGCACCAGUCAGCACCAGAGAAGCCGCUUUCAGUCGCCAACAAGCAGGAGCUUCCAGCGGAACUGCUCUCGGAUCUCGACACGCCUCAGAAGCCGCUUAUAACAGCGGUCUACAACCAGAGAAAUCCAGCGGAACCGCCUUUGACAUUUGAUAUUCCUCAGAUGAGGCCGCAUAUAGUGGGCAACUUGGUCAGCAAGCCGCAGAAUGCAGCGGAACGGCUAGUGCCGGUCCUUGAGCCGCCUCAGCAGCCGCAUGUAGUGGGCAACUUGGUCACCAAGCACCAGAAUGCAGCGGAACGGAUCAGCCUAAUCCCGGAACGGCUACGCCAGGCUACUACUCCUGAACGAUUUGGACGUUCCCAGAUCAGCCAUGUUACCCAGGCCACGCAGGCUAUCCAGAUCACCCAGCUUACUCAGAUUACCCACGCCGCCCAAGCCACCCCACAGCGGUUUGGAUGGACGCCGCGACCCAAGCCGGCACGAAGCUCGUCCCCGGACCCGUCGGAUUUCAGCGACUUCCGACGGUCGUCAGAUUUAAACGAUUUCCGUCGAUCCGUGGAGGUGACGUCCUCCGUCAGAGCGUCUGGCAAUUUGGCGGCCCAGUCGUGGCGGAAUAGCGUCCCGGAGAGUGACGGGUUUUCUUUUAUCGGGGGCCUCGUUAGGGCGCCAAGCGAGCGGUCGUUCGCGCUCGCGCCGCCCGAGCCGAGGAGAAUGAGCCUUCCUGGAACUUACCGGCCGGAGAUUUACCGGCCACAAGAGACUUACCGGCCACAGGAGGCACCUUCGCCGGCGAGGAAUGACGGCGGGUGGGUGGGCCGGCCGCGGGGUGUGAGGGGGAGUUUUGACGGGGGAGGCGCAGGCGGAGCGGAGAGGCGCAUGCGGAGCAGCGCAAGCGGCGGGGAGGUGAGGGGAAGAAUGUACGGCGUAGGUGCGGAAGGGAGGCUCGGAUUCGGCGCAGGCGGAGGGGAGAUUCGCGGAGGGGAGAUCCGUGGAGGGGAGAUUCGCGGAGGGUUUUCCGCGGAAGGGAGAGGAGCAUACUACCCGGACACGAGGGGGGGAUAUGGCGCUGGGGGGGGAGGUAUUGACGCGGUUCCCUUGACCACGCGCGCGGGGAACAGCGUGGGCAGCGGAAGCGGGGAGUACGGGAGCGCCGCGCUGAUUGGGACGGCGCAUGGGCCGCAGCCUGUGACUGUAGCGGUGAACAUCCGGCCGCUUAUAUCGAGGGAGCUUACAGCGAGAUGCAUGGAAUGCGUCACUGUUCCUCCUGGAGGCGCGCCGCAGGUGCGAGUGUUACCUGACUGGCUAUUCACGUACGACCAUGUGUAUGGUGGGGGCGGUGGGCGGCCAAUGUCGUUGCUGUUUGAUGACUGCAUCGAGCCGCUGGUGUAUGGGCUGUUCGAGGGAUACAACGCUACGGUGUUCGCCUAUGGGCAGACGGGCUCAGGCAAGACCUACACCAUGGGAACAGCAGUACAGGGCGGCAUUUAUGGGGACGUGGACGGCAGUGGGCCGAGCGCGGUGGAGAAGGACGGCGGCGUGACUCGGCGCGUAGUGGACACGCUGUUUUCAAGGGUGGAGCAGCUCAGUGGCUUGGCGCGCUUCCAGAUCCGCGUGGCGCUCAUAGAGAUCCACAAGGACGACAUCCGAGACCUGCUGGAACUCACCAGCCUGGGGGGAGGCGGGGGCCACAUGUACCCACACUCGGCUGCGUCCCGCGCCAUCAUGAGCAGUGGCCCGAGCCGGCAGCCAAUCAGCAUCCGCGAGACAGCGGGGGGAAUCAGCCUGACAGGGGUGACGGAGCAGGUGGUGCACUCAAGAGAGGAGGCGAUUGCCUGUCUUGAAGACGGGCUGCUCUUCCGGGCUACUGGGGGGCACAACCUGAAUGCACGAUCCAGCCGGUCUCACGCCAUAUUCACAAUCUUCAUUGACCAGUUCCGCCCCCGCGCAGGGGGGGUGGGGGGAGGCGCGUACGGGCGGGGUGGAGGGAGAGGGGGGGCGGACGAGGAGCAUCUGUGCGCGAAGAUGCACCUGGUGGACCUGGCUGGGUCUGAGCGGAUCAAGCGCACGCAUGCUGAGGGCGUGAGGAUGCAGGAAGGCAUCCACAUCAACCGCGGGCUACUGGCAUUGGGUAAUGUCAUAAGUGCACUCAGCACCAAGGACAAGGACGACCGACGCAAGAGGGAGGGAAAGGGCGGGUGGCCGUCCGGCCCCACGCACGUGCCGUACCGCGACAGCAAGCUGACAAGGCUGCUACAGGACUCGCUGGGUGGCAACAGCCGGACUGUUAUGAUCGCGUGUGUGAGCCCCUCGGACAACAACGUGGACGAGACGAUCAACACGCUCAAGUACGCCAACCGCGCCAGGAACAUCUGCAACAAGCCCAUGGUCAACCGCCUGGGCGAGGUGGACGCGGAGGAGGUGCGCCGCCUGCGCCAGCAGAUCGGCCUGCUACAGUCCGAACUCGCCCGCGCCUCCUCCGCCGCCUCUGCCGCCCACAACGAUGACGAGCUACAGCAGCUACAGCAGCGGGUGGACUGGUUAGAGUCUAGCAACGGGAAGUUAAGGCAGGGGUUGGCUGAAGCCCAGCAGGCGUUGUCAGCUCAGGAGCAGAAGGCUGCUGAUGCUGAGGGGACUUGUGUUAAGUUGAGGAGAGAAAUGGCUGCUGCAAUCACUGCGUUGGACCAGGAACGGACCGAGGCUGCGCUGCUCCGGCGUCGAGCCGAGGAGAUUGGUGCGGCGGGAGGGGAGAGCGGGAGGUCGGGGAUGGAUGGGGCGGAGGUAGAGAGGCUGAGGGAGCGGGUUGCCGAAGCUGAGGCGAAGGCUCGGAGGGAGGCGGAGAGGGCGGAGGAGGUGGAGGGUCGGGCUGAGGCGGAGAGGCAGAGGGCUGACGGAGCUGAGGAGGAGGCUCGGCAGGCAGUGGCUCGGGCAGAGGAGGCCGAGGCUCUGGCUUGGGAACUGAAGGUGCAGGCAGCUGCGGUAACUGCCAGAGCUGAGUCAGACUCGGGAAAUCUUGCCGAGGCUCAGGUUGGGUGGGAAAAGCAGAUUGGUUUGGUUCGGGAGGCUGCUGCUGCUGAGGGGGUGAAACGGGCGGUGCUAGAGGCGAGGCUAGAGCAGCUUCAGGAGGAGUGUGAAGGGCUGAGGAGUAGGGUGGAGGAGGAGAGAGUGAGGGCACAAGGGGCUGAAGCUGCUUUGGCAGGUGAGAGAGGGAGAGGGGAGAGGGACGUGGAAGUUGGGAGGUUGACAGCCGAAGUUGAGGUGACUAAACUGCAAGCGGAGGUGACUAUAAUGAAAGAGCAGGUGGCAGCAGAAGCAGCUAGAGCAGCAGAAGCGGUUGCAGCGGCAAAAGAGGCGAGGGAGGAUCUGCAGGUGUUUAGACAGGAUGUACAUGUGCUGUCGCAGCGACUGUCCAGUGCUGAGGAAGCUCUUAAAGAGGAAGAAGCUAAGUCGAUGGAGCUAGAGAUUGAAGUGGGGAGGCUUAAAGCGGAUCUCGCUGCUGCUGAGGCUGUAGCAGGUGUGGCUAAGACGAGGGUCGAUGAAGCCGAAGCUGAGGUUCGGCGGGCCCGAGCCGAAGGAGCGGAGGCUCGGGCGAGAGCGACAGAUUCGGAGGGAGGAGAGGGACGGAAGAGCAGCAGUGGGGAGGAUGAGGAUGAGCGGGUGUGGGUGGAGGAGGUCAGGAAAGCCCUGACUGCAGCCCACGAGCAGGAUAUGAAGGAGGUCAAGAGGGAGAUCGAGGCAUUGGAGAAGAGAGCGGAAGAAGCCGAGAGAGAGGCGGAACAGGUUCGGACGCAGCUGGAGCAGGCUCGGAAUAGCCUGAUAAUGGCUCGGGAAGAGGUGGAGCAGGCUCGGAGGCAGUCGGAGGAGGCUCGGGGGGAGCUGGAAGAGGUUCGGGCCAAGGCUGAGUGGGCUGAGAAGGGGAGGGAGGCUCUAGAGAGGGAGGUAGAGGAGGGGAGGGAGAAGGUGGGGGAGAUGGUGAAAGAGAUGGAAGGACUCUUGAGUGAGGUGAAAGGGGGGAAGGGGCGAGAGGAGGAGGCGCAGAGGAGGAGAGCGGAGGUGGAGGAGGAGGUGGAGAGAGUUAGAGAGCGGUUGGAAGAGGUUGAAGCAGAGAGAGAGGCGUUGAAGGGGGUGGUAGAGGAGGUGGAGAGGCAGAAGGAAGAGGCAGAGAGGAGGAGGGGGGAGAUGGAGAGGAGGGAGGAGGAGUUGGGAGGAAGGGUGGAGGAGGCAGAGAGGAGAGUGGAGGGCGUGAGGGAGGAGCUGCGGGAGAGGAGCAGGGAGUUAGGGCAGAUGGAGGUGGAACUGGGGGAGGUGAUGGAGAGGCGGGUGGCGGCAGAACAGCAUGCUGCGAUGGAGGCAGAGCAUGCAGAGAGGCUGGGGAAACAGCUGCAGGCCCUCUUGAAGCAGCUAGGCACGGCCACCUUCCUGGCGCUACCCUCGGAGGAUCUGCUCUCGGAGUUUUCUGCCAAGUACCCGGACCUGGAGCACAUACUGCUGCUCAUGGACGAAGCAGGCAUGGCUGGCAUGCACAUGGGUGGCAGCAGCUUGAACAGCCCUCGUAGCCUGCACAUGGCCAGUAGUGGCUUGAACAGCCCUCGUAGCCUGCACGGUAUGGGCUUGUCGGGUGCGGCUUCCCCCUCCGCCUCGCCCUUCCACUACACUGUGUCGCACCUCUCGUCCUCGCUCACUCACUCCCCUGCCUCUGAGCCGCUGGAGGGAGCAGAGGACGGGGAGGAGGCGAGGGAGGAGCGGGAGGAGAGGAGUGAGAGGGAGAUGGAUGAAGGCAGGGAGGAGGGAGAGGAGGGAGAGGAGAGAGCACUUGCAGUUGUGGGUGGGGAGGAUGAUGCCAGUGCUGAUGGCAGUGGCCAGGCCAAGGCCAUUGUUCCGAGUGCCCACAACAAGGAAGAUGGGAUGGCUCUUGUGGCGGAAAGGGAUGGGGAAAUGCAAGUGGCCCUUUUGGAUCCUCAGCAGCUGCAGGAGCUGGGGCAGGGGCAGGGGUGGGAGCGGUGUGGUAGCUUCACUACAGUGCCUGCGCACGUUGCGGACGACCUUGCUCUGGUUACAACCCGCGGCAGCAGUGGUAACCAGCUCGUUGGCGCUACACCCACGGAGGAAUCCCCGUCUGCGCCUAGGGGGGGUGUUGAGGGGGCGAGAGGAGCCGGGGAGGAGCGAGAGGAAAUUUCGGUAGAGGAGGUGUUUGGAAGUCCGGAUAACGUGGCGAGAGAGGAGCAGAGGAGGAAGGGGAGGAGGAGAGGAAGGAAAGGGAGGAGGAGGGGCGCGGAAGAGGAGGAGCAGCAGGCUUCUGAGAUGAGUGCGGGCCUGAGCCUGCAGAAAUGGGUCCAUGAUGAUGCUGCUCAAGGGGAUGCUGAUGAUGACGAUGAUGAUGUGAGUGGUGGCCGUGGCGGGGGCGGCGGUGGCGGUGGUGCUGGUGUUGGUGCUGCUGAUGACGCUGCUGGUGAUGUUCUUGGCAGUUCAUGGGGGCGAUCUAGCCCACAGCAGAGCUACACUGUCUACCUGGAUGGUGCUGCUGCCACUGGCGAGGAUGCAGCCACUCGCCUUGCUGAUGGGAAGGAGGAGGAGGAGGAGAACAUUCGUGCUGGAGGUAGUGAGGAUUGCAGCAGCAAGGUGCCACGGAGCAGUUCGAUGCGCAGCCGGCCGUUGUUCUACCUCCCCCCUGAUCCUGACACGGACAAAGCAGCAGAUCAUGCAUCAGGGGAAGCGGCAGCCAAGGCAGUUGAGGCUGCAGGGGGCGACCAAGCAAUGCGAGAAAAGGCGAUGAAUGCUGGGGAGAAAGGAGAUAGGCUUUCGAGUUUCAGCAGGUCAAGAAGCAGAGGUGGAGGAGGCAGGGCAUCUUGCAUGAGGCCCUUUGGAGCCGAUUCUUCGCCUCCCUUAAAGCCCACUUCCAGGGCCAACCUGCCAGACCAUGCCCUUGCUGCCGCCCUCACUGCCUCUGGGCAUCUCACAAGCCCUGCCCUGCUUGCCGCUGCUGGCGGCUCUGCAGCUGCUGUUGCCGCUGCAGCUGCGGCUGCUGCUGUUGCACACAGAGAAGAGGCAGAGGAGAAUGAACGGGGGGACAUCAUGCAGAGCAACUCACCUCUCAUGGCGCCUCGCGUUUCCUGUAUGCCCAUCUCCUUUGCUAGAUCACCACGUGGCAGCACUGGCAGCACUGGCAGCGGUGGCGGUGGGGGAAGCAGCAGCAGCAGAUCGCACUCGUUCGCAGGAGCAGUGCUGGGGAACAUUGCCCGGUCUCACGGACUAAGGACUUUUAGGCGCAAGCUGAGAGGGGGGAGUAGCGGGGGUAGCAGUGCUGGGGGGAGUGUGGCUGGCGGUGACGUUGCUGUGGUUGAUGUUGCUGGUGGUGGUAACCACAUGCGCAACCAUACGAGCCACAUGCAGGGACGUGCAUCGCCGUAUCAUGGGAUGGAAAGCGGUGGAGCCAUGUCACCAUACCAUGGGGGGGCAUUCCCUUACAAUGGUAGUCAUGGGGGGAGUCCCACGCGUGGCGGUGGCAUGAGCCCCUGGAGGGGCAGUGAGCAUGGGUCGCCUAUGAGGGCUGUGGGAGCCCAGGGACUGCAUGCACAUGGGAAUCAUGGGAAUGGGUAUGGCAAUGGUGGGGCAAGCCCAGUGCCUGUGCAUGGCUCAGGUAGCCCUGGGCCUGAGCUUAGUCCGGAAUCCACGAAACGACGGGGUUUAGCUUCCAUGUUCAAGAAGUCCCAAACUAUGCCUCCACGGAGAUAGGCCGAAAUUCAUAUUGUGUUGCCCUUACUGGUCAAUACAGGCUUAGGUCAAUUCGUAGUUAUGUACCAGAUCUAGCAUGUAGUUUGUAUAGUGAGUGGGUAGUAUUCACUCUUUGCUUUGCUAAUGU